CUCAGCCACAAAAGCCUGUGUCUAAUAAGCAUCGGGAAGCCCGAUCGAGCCGAAGGCGUAAACCAGCACGGAGAAGACUAACGCAGAAGCUAAAUGAAUGAGACGGCGGCGGAGAUGGCGGGAAAGGAGUACCCAGCCGAAGCUGGUAGUGCCAAAAUUGCGAGUCACUGGUGGUGGGCUGCGGCAAGCGUGGGUCAAUUGGGAUGGGGUAUAGCUUCUGUCAGAAAAGGCUGCGCUGAACAUUCAACCCUCAUGCCCUUGAAGGCUUUCGCCGUCGCCUCCCUCUUCGUUGGCGCCCUCGCCUCCGCCUCCUUUGCUGGCCUUCGCACCGCAGGAAUCCACAAGGUGGAAGACUUGAUCAAAGUUGGUGGAAAUACAAGGACUGGACUUGGCGUUCGUCCAAGAGCAAGAGAUGAAUGACAUUUUUUCUUUUAAUCAUUCACGAAUUUUGUAUACAUGUGAGCACUAUUGGGUAAUUCCAGGUUCAUGAUAGUGGGAAAAAUAAUUACCACCAUGUCUAUCUCACAGUGUUUCAAUAGAUUUAUUACACGUGUCUUUCCGAUUAUAAAUACUCGCUACUCCAGAAUGCAAGUGAGUAACAUUUUAGUAGCUUGUUGGUGUCUGGUGGUGAAUGGACACUUUUUAUACUAUAACUAUUCUCAACUUCAAUAAUGAAGUAACAGGAGAAUUGUAUAUGAAAAGCGUGUGCUUUCAAUUUGCACAAGUUUCUUAAAUUA